AAACCCUAACCCUCUUUGCCGAAACCCUAACCCCCCUCCCACAUUCUCUCUGCACCCAAAAAUGGCCGCCGCCCGCCCUCUCGUCACCGUCCAGCCACUCGAAUCCGACAUGGCCACCGACGCCACCACCACCCUCCCCCUCCCCUCCGUCAUGAAAUCCUCCAUCCGUCCAGACAUCGUCAACUUCGUCCACUCCAACAUAUCCAAAAACUCCCGCCAACCCUACGCCGUCUCCCGCAAAGCCGGCCACCAGACCUCCGCCGAGUCCUGGGGCACUGGCCGUGCCGUAUCCCGUAUCCCCCGUGUCCCCGGCGGCGGAACUCACCGUGCCGGCCAAGGAGCCUUCGGAAACAUGUGUCGCGGUGGCCGUAUGUUCGCUCCCACGAGGAUCUGGCGCCGCUGGCAUAGAAAGAUUAACGUUAACCAGAAACGAUACGCCGUCGUUUCGGCGAUCGCUGCGUCUGCUGUUCCGUCGCUUGUGAUGGCCCGUGGCCACCGGAUUGAGACGGUGCCGGAGUUACCACUAGUGGUUAGUGAUUCAGCUGAAGGUGUGGAGAAAACGAAUGCUGCAAUUAAGGUUUUGAAACAGAUCGGUGCGUAUUCGGAUGCUGAAAAGGCGAAGGAUUCGGUUGGGAUUAGGCCUGGAAAGGGGAAGAUGAGGAACAGAAGGUAUAUUAACCGAAAAGGACCGUUGAUUGUGUACGGAACUGAGGGUGCUAAGUUAGUGAAAGCGUUUAGGAACAUACCUGGUGUGGAGAUUGCUAAUGUGGAGAGGUUGAAUUUGUUGAAAUUGGCUCCUGGUGGACAUUUAGGUAGGUUUGUGAUUUGGACGAAAUCGGCUUUUGAGAAGUUGGAUUCGAUUUACGGGUCGGUUGAUAAGGUGAGUGAGAAGAAGAAGGGGUAUGUGUUGCCCAGGGCGAAGAUGGAGAAUGCCGAUUUGGCGAGGAUUAUUAAUUCGGAUGAGGUGCAGUCGGUUGUGAAGCCGAUUAAGAAGGAGGUGAAGAGGGCGGCAAUGAAGAAGAAUCCUUUGAAGAAUUUGAAUACUAUGCUGAGGUUGAAUCCGUAUGCCAAGACUGCUAAGAGGAUGGCUGUGCUUGCUGAGGAACAGAGGAAGAAGGCUAAGAAGGAGAAGCUUGACAGCAAGAGGCAGCCCAUUUCUAAGGAGGAGUCUGCUAAAAUUAAGGCAGCUAGCAAGUCAUGGUACAAGACAAUGAUCUCUGACAGUGAUUAUGCUGAGUUUGAUGUUUUCACCAAGUGGCUUGGUGUUUCACAAUAAUUCUUCUACUCCACUCUCGUAUGCUUUGAAGUCGCUGCUGCAUCUGUUUGUUAGGUUUGAGAUAGUAUAAACACUUUAUCUUUUGUUAAUUUGGAUUUUUGUUGUGGGUUUAGUUUGGCAACAAGUUUUGUUGUGAUUCGGCUUCUGUUAUUGGAUUUGAAUCUAUUUUACCAAUUAUCAAUCUUUUGGUUCAUGGACUUCAA